AUGGACCACAUCAAGACCGCAGCCAACUUCGACGUCCAGGGCGUCCAGAUGGAAGUCUGUCCGUCGGGAGACAGCCAGACCGGCAAGUAUAUGCGGCUCUCGGUCACGAGCCUCACCGAAUUGGACACCAGCGGUGCCGUAGUGGCGAGCGUCGACAACGUUUCCUCCACGACGUUCGUGUCGACUCUCGAGGUCGGCGUCGCCAAAACACAGGUGGCGUUCAAUCUCACUGCCAGCGUCUACCAGGGCAACGCGACGGUGCCAUACGGCAGCCAGACCAUCCCUGUGCCAGCGGGCGCGCUCAAGUUCACCGCCGAUAUCGCUGGCUGGCCUAAGCCCGUCAAGAAGCCCAAGAACGUCAGCGACUCUGUCGGAGACGCCGACAUUGAGCGGGUCGAUCUGGGUGACUCCAUGUUCAUGGACGUGCCGAGCCUUGUCAUCCUCGACGGCGGAGUCGAAGAGAGUCUGCUCAACGUGUCCGUGGUGGAGGCGGCGGGCGACACGUCGCUCGAGUGGAUCUUCCCGUCCUUCUCCACCUCGCUGCACUACGACCCAGUUCUGGGCGGUACCAGCGCCACGACGGCGACGACCGAUAGCGGCGUCAACGCCGGUGACACCAGCGGCAGCACUAGCGACGUCAGUGUUGGCGACCCGAGUAGCAAUGACGGUAGCGGCAGUAUCAGUGUCGACGCUGGUAGCAGCAGCAACAGUGAAGGCAGUGCCGGAUCUAGCAGUAGUGGAUCCAGUACUAGCGCCAGCAGCACGAGUGCGCCUAGCUCCACCCCCGCGCCAACCACCAGCACCAACAGCGGAGAGGGCACGAAAGCGCCGACCGCGACAGCAACCACCGGACGUCAUCGGCCACUUCAGCGUCUUUGUCGGCUCUAG